AUGGCCCUAGACAACUACUCCUACUUCGACGACCACUUCGUGCUGCCUCCUCCUCCUCCUCCUCCUCCUCCUCCUACUCAGCUGGAUUUGGAUUGGGAUUGGGAUCAGCUACAGUUGCACACAUUUGGAGGAGGAGGAGGAGGAGACGACGCCGCCCGAGAUGGUAUUCAUGGCGCCUUUCCGGCCAUGCUAGGCGUGGAGUCGCCGGAGUCGUCGUCGUCGGAGGCGUCCAGUGGCUACCUGCAAGACGCCGUCGCCCACUGGAGUGACCGUGGCAAUAAGCGGCAGAGGAUGGCGGAGGCGGCGACGCCCAGACGGCCGGCGGCGGCGGCGGCGGCGAAUGAGGACCUGCACUGCCUUCUUCAGAGCUUCUGGGAUUCUACCAGCAGCGGCGAGGGGGGUCUCUUGCAUGAUGAUUUGAAUAUCAUGAUCCCGGAGAGCGGCAGUUUUGUCUCAGGAGAUGAGGACGACGCAUCGGGUUGGGAGCAGGAGCAAGGACAGGGGCAGAGGGGCCUGAGCGCAGCAGCAACAUCAGCAGGAACAGUGCAGGUGCCAGCGGCGCAGGUCGUCGUCGUCGUCGGAGGAGAGGCAGCCUCCUCUCGCACCACCACCACCACCACCACCACCGGGCAAGCCGCUGCGCAGCAACUGCAGCUGCAAAAGGCAACUAGUGCAGGUGCGGACCACGAACCAGGGGGCCGCGGCAAUUACUCCUGCGAGGAACACGUCGUCGUGGCCAAGCAGCCGCAGCAGCGGCGGCAGCCAUCGUCGUCCUCUCGUGCCGCCUCCGCGUCGCCUCGCUCCUCCACGCUGACAGGAACGGAUAAGAGGGACACGGGCGUGCUGUACCCGUUUGCGGUUGUCAAGCCGCUGGGACUAGAAGGCGGCGGCGCAGCGACGCUGAACGAUGUCAACCAGAGGAUCCUGAAGCGGCCGGCCAGGCCGGUCCGGCACCCCGUCGGCCAGUUCGCAUGCAGCCCUGCCGUGUACGCCCAUGGACUAGGCCUGUCCGGCAAAGCAGUUGUUAGCCUUACAAGGAUCAGAACGGCAGGAAAGGGCACCAUCACCAUCAUCAGAACGAGAGAGUGAAGGAACCGAUUAUCAAGAACCGAAUGGACAAAAGCCUUGUUCAGGACUCAGGAUAAUAACGAGAGAGUAGAUUAGUAGCCCUUGUAAUUUGUAAAUACAUAACCACAUCCUGAGUGAAGGGGAUUCAAAUUCACCAGGUUGCAUCAAGGCAUGGUAUAUAUGGAAGACUGCAUUGUAUCGUUAUUCGUUACCGUGUCGAGGGUAAGAGCAACUCUAACAUGAGGCUAAGAAUUAUUCUUAGCCCCUAAUAAUUCUGGUUUGAUAUCAAAAACUAUUAUAUUCAAAAAUCAUCAUU